UUUCUCCCCCUCCCCCUCCCUUCCCCUUUCCCUUCAAACCUCCUUCUUCCCCCUUCUAAACCCCCCUUCUCCUUCCACCCUAGGCUGGCGUCCACGGAGAUCCCUGGUGUUCUGUGGGUGGGGCGCCGAGGAAUACGGUGUUGUCAGGUCACUGGUGUGGACGGAGCAGUUGAGGAAGCAGCUGGCGGACAGGGCGGUGGCUUCCCUCACUGUUGAUAUGGCGAUUGAAGGCUGGCGUCCACGGAGAUCCCUGGUGUUCUGUGGGUGGGGCGCCGAGGAAUACGGUGUUGUCAGGUCACUGGUGUGGACGGAGCAGUUGAGGAAGCAGCUGGCGGACAGGGCGGUGGCUUCCCUCACUGUUGAUAUGGCGAUUGAAGGCUGGCGUCCACGGAGAUCCCUGGUGUUCUGUGGGUGGGGCGCCGAGGAAUACGGUGUUGUCAGGUCACUGGUGUGGACGGAGCAGUUGAGGAAGCAGCUGGCGGACAGGGCUUUGGCUUCCCUCACUGUUGAUAUGGCGAUUGAAGGCUGGCGUCCACGGAGAUCCCUGGUGUUCUGUGGGUGGGGCGCCGAGGAAUACGGUGUUGUCAGGUCACUGGUGUGGACGGAGCAGUUGAGGAAGCAGCUGGCGGACAGGGCUUUGGCUUCCCUCACUGUUGAUAUGGCGAUUGAAGAAACACACGUACUAACAGUUCGCCUCAGUCGUCUCUUGGAAAAGCUGCGUGUGUACUUACCACCAAGAUUAAUCCCAACGAACACAAGUAAAAUCACCCUGGACCACGACAUGGUCUUAGAACUGAAAAUUGGACCAGCAAACUGUCUGUACAGUCGCCGCGACAAUCGAGCUAAUACUACAUUGUGUGCAAUAAUCUUGUACCAGCCGCCUAUACCCAACGAAAAUCGGAGGUUUGUUUGCCUUCUCAGCCACGUCACACCUUCACGACAAGAAUCUUGUGGAAGAAUUCGGAAACAAAACGGCACUGGCCACAAUAGCGAAAGACAAAAUGAGUGCUGUGACAACUGA